AGUUGUCAUUUUACUACAGCCGCUGUUAGUUAGUUAUUUGUAUGCGUCGUCGCGCGCUUUUCCACUGAGGCAACUGCAACGAGAAGAAGUUGCAGCAACAGCAGAGGCAGCAGCAGCAGCAGCAGCAGCAACUGUUGCAGCCACAACACAGCAGCAGCAACAACGCAGCAGCAACACAUCAGCAACAUAGCAGCAACACAUCCUUUAGAAGCGUGCGCGCGCGCGUUUUAAAACGCGCGCAAAAAUCACCUGGCGUUUCGGUGAUUCUAUUCUAUUUCUCAUCUGUGUAUAUAUUGUUUUUUUUUUGUUUUUUGCCGCUUGAGAUUUGUGCAUGUUCUUGGUGAAUUUGCUGCUGUUUCAGUCGCUAUCGCGAUCUUCUCAAGGCUGCACGCGUUUUCUGCUGACGCCGCCGUUUGCGUCGCUGUCGCGUCGUCAUCGCGUCUGCGUCGCGUCUACGUGUUCAAAGGCAGAAAUUCCUUUCAGUUCGUGCCGUUCGCCUUCAUAAUUCCCCCUAAUUAUCCGCCGCACUCUUAAUAUUUGCAACGUUUUUCUACAUUUUUUUUUCGGUUUUUUUUUUUUUUUGUGUAAUGUGCACAAAAAGUGCACAAGAAAUAAACGCCACGUUUGAAAAUGCAUGCAUAACGCAUAUGAAGUUCAAGGAAGUCCAAAAGGCCAACACACAUGAUAUAAAUUAAGGAAAUUGGUCAACAAAAAGAAAAGAAGAAGAAUAAGAAGAAGAAGAAAGGGAAAUCGAAAAUUUCACCUAGAGACUGAUAUUCGGUUUUUGUGCAAUAUUUAUCUUUGCCAGAGCGGUGUUAUAUUUGUGUUCUAUUUGCCGCUGCCUGCUGCAUAAGCAAACAGGCAGCGUAAGCUGUCACCGACAUGGGCAGUGAGCACUACUGCUUGAGGUGGAACAAUUACCAAUCCAACCUGUUAGGGGUGUUUAGUCAAUUACUACAAGACGGGAGCCUGGUGGACGUCACACUAGUUUGUUCAGAGGGCACAUCCAUCAGAGCCCAUAAGGUGGUCCUCUCGGCUUGUUCCUCGUACUUCCAGAGCCUGUUCCUGGAGCACCCCGAAGGACAUCUAAUUGUGAUAUUGAAGGACGUCCGUUUUGCCGAGCUGCAAACCUUAGUUGAAUUCAUGUACAAGGGCGAGGUGAACGUGCAAUAUUGUCAGUUGUCCGCGCUGCUCAAGACAGCCGAAUCCCUCAAGGUCAAGGGCCUGGCCGAGAUGACGAACCAGAAUACGACGCUGCGCGAACCGGAACGGGAACCGGAUCGCUUGCGUCCGCAGGGCGGCGGCGGUAGCGGCGGAUCCGCCCACAAGGCGGCCGACAGUCCGGCGGCCGCGCUUGAUGCCACAGCGGCCACACAGGCGGCGACUGCCACGGCAACGGCAACUGCCGCGGCGGCAACAUCGACCUCAACCUCAGCAACAUCUGCGGCGGCGACGGCAGCAGCGACAGCAGCAACAUCUGCGUCCACAACGGCAACGGCGGCGGCGGGGAGUAGUAAUACAACAACUACAACGGCGGCAACCACAACAGCAACCUGUGCCACAGCAGCAACAUCUACGGCAGCAACAUCCUCAUCUUCGUCCGUGACAUCAGCAGCAGCAGCCGCAGCAGCAGCCGCAUCAGCAUCUGGUGUUGCGCACUCGGAGGAGGCGACCUCGUCAUCAUCGUCAACUGGCGGGCAGAAGCGGGAGGCUAGCGAUCGCAGCAGUCCCACGCCCGCCAAACGAUCGUCGCGAAUGCAUCCGGCGGACAAGGUGGAUGUGGCAGAGGAUCGGGAACAGGAGCAAAACCAGGCGGACGAGCUGCUAAGCGAGGAGCUGCUCGGUCGCAACUUAAAGGACGAGGAGGAUGACGAUGUGGAUGAGCUAGAUGAGAACGAGGAGACGAAGCUGAGGGGUCGCGAUGAGGACGAUGACGACGAGGAUGAGGAGGAGGACACGCCCAUGCCAUUGGAUCUCUAUCAAAGACCAAAUGUCGAGCCAAAAAGCGCCGCAGCAGCAACAGCAGCGCAGCAGGGCGGCAGCAACAGUCUCAGCGGUAGCAGCAACGCUUGCCACACCAACAGCAGCAGCAACAGCAAUAAUAACAAUAACAACAACAACAACUCCAGCAGCAACAACAACAACAACACUAGUAGUGGGAAAACCUCAGCGUCCAGCAAUGGCGGCACAGCAUCAUCGGGCGGCACAGCGGACUCCGUGGUUGCGGUAGAUGACGAUGACGACGACGACGAUGGUGGCCAUCAUCAUCAGCGACAGGUGAUGGACGAUCGAUUGGAGCAGGAUGUGGACGAAGAGGAUCUGGACGAUGAUGUCGUGGUGGUGGGACCUGCCACCGCGAUGGCCAGGGGCAUUGCCCAGCGGCUGGCCCACCAGAACCUGCAGCGUCUCCAUCACACGCACCACCAUGCCCAGCACCAGCAUUCGCAGCACCACCACCCACAUUCGCAGCACCACCAUACGCCGCACCACCAGCAGCACCAUACGCACUCGGAUGACGAGGAUGCCAUGCCCGUGAUUGCCAAGAGCGAGAUCCUCGACGAUGACUACGACGAUGAGAUGGAUCUGGAGGAUGACGAUGAGGCGGACAACAGCAGCAACGAUUUGGGUCUCAACAUGAAAAUGGGCAGCGGCGGUGCGGGCGGCGGCGGUGGCGUAGAUCUGUCCACCGGCUCCACAUUGAUACCCUCGCCAUUGAUCACCCUGCCAUCCUCAUCGGCGGCGGCGGCGGCAGCUGCAGCGGCAGCAAUGGAAUCGCAGCGCUCCACGCCGGCCAUGUCGGCGGCCCAGGCAGCUGGAGCGGGCGCCUCGGACCUCAGUAUUGGUGGCUGCGGCGGUCGACCGGCGUCCAGGAGCUCACGCGACGGCGGCGGUAACGAUGGCGGCAGGGGAGGAGCAUCCUCCUCCAGCCUGCUUAGCCCGGGAACCGUGGCCAAUCUCCUGCCCGUGCAAUCGGUGCCAUUGAGUCUCAAGAAGGAGAUCGAUUGCAGCGAGGACGACAAUAGCAGUCACAGCAGACACAUGCAACAGCGUUCGGCAUCAGCUGGCGGCGGCCUGGGCGGCGACCUUGACUACCGCGCCUCCCACGAGUCGGAAACGUCCGAAUCGCCCCACCAACAACAACAGCCCCCACCACACGCUGUGGGCGUUGGGGCGGGCGGUGGCUCAGCGGCCGCAGCAGCUGCCGCAGCAGCCGCCCUGCUGCAUCAGCAGCAACAGCAGCAGCCCCCACACAGCCCCCCGCCGCCGCCACUGCACAUGUUUCCGUGCAUCUACUGCCGCUCGGCCUUCCCCAACCAAUCGAAACUCACCCGCCACCUGCUGACGCACUCGCUGAAGACGCUCGAGUAUCGCGAACCAACCACCACGGCUCUGCUCCAUUCGCAUCUGCUGGGCGAUCUCAACAUGGCCGCCGCCGGCCUACCAUCGCCAUUCGCCUUUCAGAUGAACGCCGCCGCAAUGGCGGCCACUUCCGGUAGCGAUACACAGGAGCAGGUGGCGGCAUUGGCCGCCGCCUUUGGCAUCGAUAUGGAGGCGGCCCUCUCGUUGGCCAGCACCGGCUGUACGUUCCAGAGUUUGACUGCCAGCUGCCUGGAGGCAAGCUCCGGCGGCGGAAGCGGUGGCGGCGGCCAGGGUUCGUUGUCCCGCUCGGCAACUUCAGCCGGAAACGGUGGUGGCCUAAUGCUCGGCAGCGGAAGUGGCAGUGGCUCGGGGGCUGCAGCGGCAACGGGUGGCAGCGGCAGCAGCGGCUGUGGUGGCGGUGGCGGUACCGCCACAUCCGGCUCCUUGUCGCCAUCCACAUCCGCCGCAGCAGCAGCGGCGGCCGCUGCACAAUCGCAGUCAGCGGCGCUGCUGGGCGCCGCGUCCAGUGAUCCGAAUAGUGUUGUCAUGUGUGAUCGACCAUUUAAAUGUGAGUUUUGUGGCAAAGCAUUUAAGCUGCGCCACCACAUGAAAGAUCAUUGUCGCGUGCACACCGGCGAACGGCCGUUCAGAUGUAAUAUGUGCGGGAAAACUUUCUCGCGCUCAACGAUACUCAAGGCGCACGAGAAAACGCAUUUUCCCAAGUACGUGCGCAAGUUUUUGUCACCCAGCAGCCCGGUCGAUACAAAGGAUGAGUUGCCGCAAUAGUGAAACGACUUUAGUUUGUUAUUAAAUUAUUAUUAUUACUACUAUUACUACUAUAAUAAUAACAACAAUAACAACAACAACAACAACAACCACAAUAACAACGCAAACUAUUUGCAACACACCAACAACAACAUCAACAACACCAACAAUUUCAACUACAACAACAAUUGAUGAGGACGAUCCAACAAGAACUUUGACUUACUUAAGGAUGAAAAUGAAGAAGAAGAUGCAGGAGGAGAAGGAGAGACCAACACAACAAUACACCAAUGCACACACACCCACAUAUAUGUAUAUACCGUUGAAUCCAUGUAUAUACAUAUGUAUAUAUUUUAUUAAUUAUGUAAACGAGGCAUCAAUUCUGAAAGUUUUGGGCAAGCAGAAACUCUAGCAAAUAGGAAAGAGACAGCAACAUACCAACACGAACACAACAAAACACAUACACAGACACAAUAGAGCAGGCAGGCUAUAAUCGUAUAUAUAUAUCCCAAUAUAUAUACAAAUCAUCUAUAUUAAUAUAUACAUUAUAUACAAUAAUUAUAUAGCAGCAUAUUGUCGAAUUGUUGAAGUUUAUACCAAGAAGCGAACUUGUUUUUUUUUUUUUGAUGAUACAGGAUCUGUCCUUGAAGACAGAUGAGAUGAAAUGAUAGGGAAAGAUUUAUCCCUUCUUUUUGGAUGGCAAGAAAAGAGAGAGAAACGUUUUUUCUACCCAGAAAAACAGCUAAAGCGCAGGGUGAGAGUUGUAGCAGGAAUCUAAUAAAAAGAUAAAGAAAAUGAAAACAAAAAUAUAUAUAUAUAUAUAUAUGAUAUAUAUAUUUUUCAAAGUAUAUGUUAGAGAAUGUAAGACAUAUAGGCAAGAAUGAAAAAGCGCAAAAAAAAAUUGAAAAGAAAUUUACAAAAAUAUUAAAAACAUAAAAAAUUGCUAACUAUAAAUGAUAAAAUUGAUCUAAUUGAAUACGAUUUAGUAAUGCUAACGAUAGCGAUUAACGAUAACGAUAAACAUAAACGUAAACGUAAUGAAAAGAACAGUGAACACACGUGAUGUAACUUUUUAAGUAGCAGCCGAAGCCGAAGGAUCCGAUAACGUAGAAUGUUGAUGAUGAUAAUAAUGCGUUAAAGUAGCUUAAAGUAAACAUAAUCCCUGUCCCCCGAUCGAAACUAGAACACACUCAAAAUCAGUAAAAGCAAAGUGAACUGGUGAGCACGCCACAAUCCAAAACACCAACUUAAAUUUUCAAUUCAAUUAAAAGCAAAGUGAACUCGGGUAUCCCAAAAACAUCAAUCCAACCAACACACCGAUUCAACAAUUCACCAAUGCAUUAAGUGUAGCAUACUUUUGUGCGUCUUCGGUUUUUACUUUUGCGCAAGUGAACGCAUUAGAACAUACAUAUCCCAAAAAAAAACAAACUAAGACACAAGAAUGAAGCUAACACAGACAAGUUGAUCGGCUACAGAUCGAAUCGCUAUAUAGAGGACUCUUUUCGAUAGUGAGUUAGUGCAACUUAGUCCCCCGAUCCCCUCGCUCACACACACGUAUAUUAUACACUCACAGAACUUAUUAUACAGUAACAUAUACAUAUAUCUAUAUACAAUAUUUAUAUAUCUAUAUAAACCAGAUGCAGAAAGCGAUAAAAGUGACAUUUUUUGGAAUUCAGAUAAAAUUUGAGGAAAAUGAAUAAAUGAGUAAAUGAAAAGCAGCAGCAGCAGAAUUACAUAGAAUAUCUGUGAUCUUAACGAUAUUUAUAAAAAACCUUAUACAUAAACCAAAAAAAAUAUAUAUAUAUAUGUAUAUGAGUAGUAGAGGGAAAAACACACUAGGAAUACCAACUAAGGGUAGCUGUAGCGAUGAAAACAACAUUUGGCUUAAAGAUGACCCAUUAAAGUUCUUGACGCAAAAAACUCACAUAAUUUCGAUGGUUUUUUUUUUUGUACCACUCACCCAACCAAGUUUACUUUGCUUUGAAAAACCACACCCCUUAGGCUUUACGAUAAUGAAUUUGUGCUAGAAACUAAAGCAAAUGGAAAAGCUUAGAUAUACCCAAGCGUUAAAUAAGUAAUUAUAGAUUUUUUGUGUUAUCACGUUAUCACGAAUUCUCCACUUUGGCUUAAUCGAAACCCGAAGCUCCGCAGAUCCUCGCUAAAAAAAAAAGUCCUUUUCCACCCACUUAGGUGAUUAGCCCGGCAACAACAGCAAACGAAACAACAAGAAAUGCAAAUCGAUCUCAAAAUUAUAAACAAAUGAAAACAAAAAAUUAUCUAUAAAAACCAAGGAAGCUUGUGAAUAUCUUUUGUCGCUGGGGCUAAGCGUGAAAAUCGAGGGGGAAAUCAUUAACUCGUUUCUGCGGUUGGGGCAAACAUUUUUUUUUUUCGAUUUUUGGCAACGGAUUGGGAACAGCAAGCUGCAAAAACAAACAACAACAAAAAAGAAAAUGAAUAAAAAAUUUAAAAACAUUUUUAAAUAUAAAAAUAUUAUGAAAAAGAGGCAACAACAAACGCACACAAAGCACGCUAGACAAAAUUCAAAAUUCUAAAUUUAAAACCAAAAAAUAAAAAACUUUUGGCAAGAAACAAAAAAUGAAAAAAAAACUGAAACAAACACAAAAACUUUUGGAUUAAACAAUUUGGCUGUGAUAGCAUUACAAGAAUAGUAAAUAAUUAAUGGAUAACAAAAUAUUUAACCAAAAACAUAAAAAAAAAAACAAAAAAACCGAGGAGAGGAGAAUUAUUUGCUUUGCAUUUUGGAAAAGCGAGGAAAAGCGUUGCCAUUUUUCACCUUUGUUGUUGGCUUACUUUUCUCAUGCAGUAUUAGAGGACUUUAGGAGAGUAGAAGCAACCGGCAUCAAUUCAAUAAUUGUGAUGUUCAAACGAAAGCAAACACAACGGAUAUCUGCAUUAACAAUUAUCCAACAUAAACAAGCGUAAAGAAAACAAAAUUUAACCUUUAGGAACAAAUGAAGAAAAAGAAAGCAAAACAAAAUUGUGAUUUUCGGCCUUUUAGAAACAAAAUUAUAAAACAAUUAAUAUCGAUACAAGUAAUGGAUAAAUAAUUAUUAUAAAAACCAAAAGCUUUCUCGAUAAUUUUAAUUGCAUUUCAGUAGGGGAAAUUAGAAACCAAAAAUGGGGAAACAAUUGAUAUUAUUUUUUGGCACAGCCAGACCAAAAAAUCUUUGCACAGCCGCCGCAGAAAACCAAACAGGGAAAAUCGAAAUGAGAUGAAAACCAAAACAUUCCAAGGAAAUAUGAGUAGACAAAGGGUGGUGAAGGACGGGCGGGGUUUGGGCGCUUCGAUUUCAAUGGAAACAAUUUUUUUCGCUAUUUUUUUUUUUCGUUAAUUAAAUAAUGCACUGAAAACAACCCCCACAAAAACACUCUCACACAUACAUACACACAAUGUUUCAUGCUCUGUGUCUCUUAUUAAUUUUUUUUUUAAAUACAUAUAAACCUACGUGAAUAUAUAUGAAUAUAUAUAUAUACAUUUAGUUCUAAAUGUUUAAGCGAAAUGUUAUUAUUAUUAUACCAACUUAUAUGAAAUUUAUUUAGCUUUAGCAACAAAACAAACCAUUUUAACUAAAAAAAAAAAACGUGGCAACAAAUUGAUAUAUUUUUGUUUAUUUCAUUGAUAAGUUCGAACUACUUUCUGUUCUGUAAUGUAUUACCCAAACGCAUAUUAUUUUGUUAAAUGAUUUUCAGCCAGGACACAAUGAAUUUGUAAGCUAUAUGAGAAAAGUAACUUAGCCAACCAACCAGAGAAACAAAAUAACCUAAACACAAAUGUCAAAGAUUAAAUUUAAAUUCAAAAUCAACAGACUAAAAACUAAACAGUGACAGCAGCUUAAGUGGAAAAACAAAUGAAAUGAAAAUAAAAAAAAAUCAUAAAACUUUUGGCCUUUUUUUCUUCGUUCAACUUUCAUUUUCUCAUGAUUAUACUCAUCCAAAACUUUUCACAUAUCAUUGAAAAAUUCAUUGUGUAUGCAUUUUCAUUUGCCCUCAUUUUAAAUGGUUUUACUACACACUAAGUUUAGUUGAUAAGAUUUGAUUUGCUUAGCGCUUAAGUUGUGAUCAAAAGUUCCUUAGUUUGGUUCCCCCAUAAACGUUAAUUUGUGUUUCAAUUAUAUUUUUAAUUUUUAAUAUUUCAACAAGCCAUCAAACAGCAGCAACAAGAAUAAAAAUUUCUAACAAGUUCCUUGACAACAGCAAAACAAAAUAAUUAAUAAACAUAUAGCAAAAUAUACAAAUUUGCCAAUUGACCCCAAGCAAACGCAAAAAAUCGACACACAGUUUGUUUUUAAUUUAGUUUCUUUGUUAAUCCCUCCUUUCUGUUCGUUUUCUUUUGAUGUUUUAGUUUUCCAAAUGUUGCCAGUUUUUUUUCUUUUGUAACUAUAUAAAAAAAAAAAGAGAGAAGAAAGAACUUUUGGAUCAAAUCAAUGCUAACACAAAUUUUUAGUGGAAAUUUUACGAGUAAAGAACUUUUAGGCCUAAAUAGAAAUCGAGAGACUCAAAAUUAAUUUAGCUUCUUUUAGUUUCCAAAAGAUUUAGUUUCAAAAUUUUUGGAAAACCCUAAUGUUAAUGAAAGGAUAUCGAUACAUUAAAUAUAUCUUUAAAGGCACCUAAAGCACCCACAUAGAAGCAGCGUACAUAUAUAAACAUAUAUAUUGAGAUAUUCAGCUUCUGUUUAAAGAAUUCUGCUUUAGGUUCUACCUUGAGUUCCCAGCACAGAAGAAGCCCUUCAAAUAAAUGGAUAAAUGAAAAAGAAAAAUAUCAUUAGGCGUAACUGCAAAAAUGCAUUUUAAAGGAAACAGGAAUUUAAAAUUAUAUAUACAAGAACGAGAAACACAAUAGCAACAAGAAAACAAAAACAAUACAAAAUUAUAUAUGUAUACAAGGUAUUUGGAAAAGCGAAAAGUAAGGAUAUUUAUAUAUGAACCUAUAUAAAUAGCGACACACCCACACACACACACACAGACACGGAAUCAACACAGUCACACACACACACACCCAAAUCCCUAGGAUAUAUAUACAUAUGCCUAAAUGGAAGCUUCAACUUGUACAGCAAUAGCAGUUGAGAGGAGAAAAACAUGAUGGUAUCGAGGGAGAAUAAAGUUAAUUAACAAUUACGCUAGAAUUGCAUACAAGUCGAAUUUAUAUAAAUCUAUAUACAUACAAUGCAUACUAGCAACAUUUACAUACUCAACCUACUGUAAUACAAAUGUUUUCAGUUCGUUUUGAUAACGAUUCCAAGCGAAAUUCGAUCGACAAACUUAGACCUAGAGAGAAGCUUUGGCACACAAAAACCAAAAAAAAAAAAAAACAAAAAUACGAAGAACGGAAUCAAUAAAUAAUUAAAGAAAAACAACCAAAACAGUUAUGCAAAAUUACCUAACAAAAUUCCCAAAAACCAAAUUCCAACUCAAUAUAUAUAAAAUCAAAUGAACAAAAAUUGCAAGUUUCGGCAAGAGAACCUUUUAAAAAGUUCGUUUCGGUUUUCAUUUUUGGCAUAGACAUUUUUUGCAAUCAUAUUUUCGUUUUCAAUUUUUCAUUUUCAAUUUGUUCUAGCAGAAAAAGUGCUCAGGGUAAACACAGAUUCUUCCAAUACAAUAUAACUAAUGAAUGAACAGAACAGCAGAACAGAAACAGAAACAAGCAACAAACAAUAUUUAUAUAUGCAUAUAACGCUCAGUAUAUAUCUAGAUAUAUAUAUUAUAUACAACCAAAUAUAUACAACAACUGCAACAGCAAACAACAAUAGUACCAAUAUUUAAACACAAAUCUAAUUUACAAAAAAGUGUUGAAAAAGUUGAUAUACAUAGAAAUAUGGAAAACAGACAACAUAAUGGCUGCGGAGGAAAUGCUUUACAAAUGCAUUACGUACACACAUAGAAAAUGUUUACAAUCGACUUAUAUUUUUUAAUUGAAACGUAUUUUUUUAAAUUAAUUAACUAACUGUAAUCAACAAGAACAAACAGCAACUAUAACGACAAAUGAAUAAUAAGCUAAACAGCAAUGAACAGUAAUGAUUUUACACAAUCAAACAAUAGAUGAAAAUAUAUUAACGUGAAGCGAACUGAGUCAAUGCUUUGACCUUUUCUUUUUGUAUCCACAUUUCUGUUGGUUAACACAGGAUAGUUGAAAGUGUAAAGUCUGGGUUUUUAUACAAUAAAUAGACCCUCGCUUAGUACCUUCCUGCUCCAAAUGCAAUAAAUGCCUUUUUUAAAUGACAAAAUAGUGCUAGAUUACGCUCAGAAGUAUGCCACGAUUUCGAAGUUCAUGGGUCCGGUACGAACUAGUUCCGAAACAUAUACCUACGCAUUUAACAAUAGAACUCUAUCUCUCUCUCUCUCUCUCUCUCAAGUGACAAUAAACCAGGAAAAAAAUCAAUUUGAGAACUAGUUCUCAAAAUCGAACCAAAUCGCACCCAAAUACAAUCAGCGAACUUCAGUUGUUUAGCAAUAGUCAAUAGAACACAACUGUACUUAAAUGAAUCUGCAGAACUAAGUUCAGGGUUACUAGUUCCGGACCCCAAAAGAAUUGCGGCAUAUGCAAAACGUAAGACGACAUAUGAUUGAUUGAUUGAUUGAUUGAUUGAUUGAUUGAUUGAGCCACACACAUACCUACACACAUGUACCCUGUUGACGAAUUGCCUUCUUCAUUGAUUUACAUAAUCACCUACAAUACAAAUAAUUUAAGUACCCACAGUGAAGCGAUCGAUAGACCGAUAAUUAGAAACAAUUAUUAAAUAAACAAAGACAGACAAGACAAGAAGUAACCAAUUGAUAUUUACACCCAGCUCAUAGAUGUUUUCCACGUUUUUUACAGUGUUACAGAUAAAACCCAAAACCACAAAACAUAGAAAAAAGCUACAAAAACAAAAAAUAUUUAACAAUAAUAGAGUGAAAUAACAAAAUGACAAAGGAAAUGAAUUGUAACGAAUGCAACUUGAGUUGUAGUCCAAGUAUAUAAAGAUUGUUUGUUCGUAGUAUUCGUAGUAUAUUUUUUGUAUACCGCAUGUGUUUCUGUUUAACAAAUCCUUACUUUCAAUAUGCCUUUUUCUGUUCGUUAAGCGAAACUUGUAAGCGCAGCAAGCGGGACAGUGAAACGCAAUAAACUAAACAUAAUGAUAACUAGCAAUUGGUUUCAUCGGCGUAUAAAAUCAACCACAACAACAACAACCCCAAUAAGAAUAACAACCACAAAGCUAUAAUUAAACAAAAGAAUAACUAAAUAUGUUUGAGUGCCAAGCUAACAAUUCGAGGACAUACUGUACAUAGAUAAAAAAAAAUAAAGAAAUGGAAAACGAACCAAAAACAAACACGAAUAACUUUUAAAAAUAUACUCAAAAACUAGGCGUCUGUGUGGGUUCAGGAAAAUCAGGUAAACUAAUUUCCAAAUUUUCCAAAGCCUUCAUAAGAAAUUUGACAUUAUAUCGAAAACAUUUCGAAAAUUCAACAAAUUAGUUUCCUGAUUGCUCUUAAAAGCACGCAAUGCUCUUUCAACAGAACUCGUAAUAAAACAAUGGUCAAUUCGAUAUUUGACUUUUAAAAUGCUGAAAGAUGUACAUGAAAUGCGUUCCAUAGAAUCACAGCAGAAAAACAAGCGAACCUUUUAAUGCAAGUCUAAAAUGUAAGGCUAAACAGGAGACAAACCUAGAACCAAUUUUUAAAGAAUAUCCCCCCCCCCCCCUUUCCAAGAUGUACAUUUCCACACACACACACACACAAAACACAACGUACACACUUUUUGAUACGCUAAAGUCAAGUUAAUGAAUAUGAUAUCUACACACAUUUAUAUAUAGUAAUGUAUGAGGUAAACAAAUAGCAGGACAUUGAAAACCUAAAAGAAAGCUUCAAAAGUUGUAAACAAUUUUUUUCGGUAUAAGCUCAAGACACACAUAACACACACACACACACACACACAUACACAAGCAAAGGAGGAACUCACACAUAUACAGAGAGGCAGAGAAGCGAGUGGAAAAUUUAGGCUGAACCAGCGAGAAAAAUUGUUAAUACUAGCUUGUGGGGCUUAUUUUAUAUUGGUCGAAAACGGAGGCUGAAAGCUGAUCAAUUUUUUGGAAAUUAGCAUGGAAAAACCAAAAGAAACGACAGAAAGGUUAAACGAGAGGAAAGAGAGAGAAAAAAAAAACAACACUGUAGUGCCUAAUCCCCUUUAAACAAGAGAAAAAAAAACAACAAAAAAACAAAACUAAAAACAGAAUAAAAAUAAAAUAAAAAGUCGAAAACCAAAAAAAAAUAUAUAUAUAUACAAUACAUAUAUACAUUAUACAUACUAAAGUAAUAUUUUAUAAAAACGCGCAGAGCAAAAACCUAAAAAAAAAAGACAACAAAAAAAAACAACAAGAACAAGGAAGUCAAAAAUGGAAAUUGCAGUUUUUUUGAUAGUUAUUUUUUUAGCGAGCAAUGGGUGGCAUUGAGAUCUAUAUAUACAUAUAUAUAUAAAACUAAAUAUACAUACACACCUAUACAUUAGUAUAUCUCACACACACAUACAACCCACAUACACAUUUAUACAAAAAGUACUUACGGCAUGUAAAAAAGAAAUUAGUUUCUAAAGAAUGGCGAAAAAAAAAUGAACAUGAAAAUGAAAAACUAUUAGACAACUGCAAGGCAAAUUUGCGAAUUUUAGGCAGUUAGCUAUACUACACUCGCCCACACACACACAAAAAACACACACACACACACUCAACCAAAUCGAGAAAACAAAGUAGAAACAACAACAAAGUAGUUUUGCAUAUCCCCAAAAACAAAAACAAAAACAAAAAGAAUGAAAAGCAAAGGUUUGGAAUGAUAAGAAGUGAAUGGAAAAGAAGCCACACAAGCACAGAACACACAAGAAACCAAUUUAUCAAAAAAAAAAAAUUAAACUAGUUUUUAGUAAUGAAAGAGAAUACUACUAUUUUCACUGAGAAAAAGAAAAACACCAGAACAAAACAAUGUAAACAUAUUUAAUAAAUUUAAAGAAACCCAAAAAGAAAAAACCAUAUUUUCGACAUAAGCAAAAUGAAUGAAAUACAUUUUUAACCUUCCUCGAUCAUUUUUCAAGCAUAUGGAAAAGCAAAAGAAUUAUUUUCAACGUAGUUGUUUUCGUUCCAAUUGAUCUUGAAUUAAGAAUUCAAGCCAAGCAUCCAAAAUAAUUAUAUGAAAUAUAAUACAAAAUAGCAGCAGAGCACACACGAAGUAAGUUGAAAAGUUAAAAAAAAAAAAUGGGUAGCAAAUUCAUAGUUUUAGUAAACGACGGUUGAGAAAAUUUUUGUAAGUUCCCUAUUGAGGCUCAUUCAUAAAUAAUUUUACGAAUAAUUUUUAACACUUAUUAUUUGUUUGUUUUUAGACUUUUUUUUAACAAAUAUUUUCUCUUAAGUUAUUGAACAUAAAUCAAUAAACGCAGGGGAAAACAGCUCUCGACUUGAAAGCAUUCCAAAAGGGGGAUUGUCCACCGAAAAUAUCUGGAAUCCAUGAGCUGUUUUUCCAAAUGCAAAUGGAACUGCCUAACAUGAGGGUUAAUAAACAGAGUAGGGCGGUUUAAAAACCACACUGACAAGAAAAAAAAAACAAAACAGAAAACAUAUGAAGUUCACAACAAACCGAUAUCCGAAGAAAAGUUUAAACAAUAAACAAUAACCGAAUUAAGAGGAUGAACAAAUAGCUGCAAUACGUUAUGAUUACGUCAAUAUGUUCCUACAAUAUAGACAUACAAGAUACAUAAAUAAUUUAUAUAAAUAUAUAUUCUUAACUAACUGUAAACACACCACACAGAAAAAACCAACAAAACAACAAAAAAAAACGAAGAGAUUGCGAUGGAAGAAUUAUACAAUAAUUAAUUUAAGGCCGCGGCCGAAAAAAAAAUUCACUAAGAGCAGCAGCGACUAACUAAAACUAAAACUAAACCUUAAAUAAUCACCCGCUUAAGUUUUAUUCAACCAUUUUCAUCAACAUUAUCCUAAGUUAAGCAAUUUCCCAUUAUUUAUUGAGCGAACGUAAACUUAAAAUGACUCUAAAAAUAAUGCAAAUUAUAUAUACACACAUAUAGAACUAUAAACUGCAAUUUAAGUUCCAAUCGAUACAAUUUAGUUUUCAUUUAUUUUUUUUUUUAUAAUUCGACAUAAGUUUUUGAUAUUUUGUGGCUAAUAAAAGCAAAUGAAAGAAACCAUCAAAAGCGAAAUAAAAAUAUAUUAAAACCAUUUCACUCUCAUGUACAUUCCUUAUCGUUUUACACACAUUAAACACCUACACACACACACACAUACGCAGCACCCAUACCAACACACCCGAGCUGGAACUAUAUACACAUACAUAUGUAGUUCCAUAUGGUACUUUGUACUCUACAUGCAAGAGAGCUUGAUGGGAACUCAACAGAUAUAUAUAUAUGGAAAAUACCCGAAAAAAAAAGAAAACGAAAAAUAAUUAUUACUAAUGAAAAGAGGGAAGGUUAAAAAUAUACGCUAACUAUAUAUUUUUUUCGUAGUCGAAACAAGAACUAAAAAACCAAAAGCACUGAGCAAGAAUAAUUACUUACAAGAACUCUCCACUCAAAUUUCGAUUUCGAUUCGAUUCGAUUCGACUCGACUCAUUUUUCGAGUUGACCCAAUGCUGAAUAAAAACCUAAAAUAAAAAAACACUCGAGAAUUAAAAACUAAUGAGAGCAGCUUUUCAGGCACCAAACAAAAAAAAGCAAGCAAGAAAUAAGAAAAAGAAAACAAAUAGAAGCAAUCAAGAAGAAUAUUUUAGAACGAAAUUGAAUUCAAUUACUUACACACAGUCGAGGCAAAAACCAUAUUUUAGGCAAACCAAAAACAAAACAAAAAAAUUCCACACACUCGUACCCAGAACAACAAAUUUAUAUGAAAAUUAUUACAAGCAUAGAAGAAGAAGGAAAAAAAAAAAUAAGAAAAAUAUUUAAGCAAAGCAAGGCAUAUCAUAGUUUAUAACAAGAAACCGAAAUACAAAUAUGAAGAUUGCAAAAGAACACAAAAAACAGGCAGAGAAGAUUCUGAAAGUUUCCAGAGAACGGCCUCCAAGCAGCAGUUUUAAUUUCAAUCCGCAGCCCCGAAAUUCCAAAAAAAAAAUUUCCCAACUCCCCAGAGAAUGUCAAAAAAAAAAUUGAAGAAAGGCUAACGAGAGGGAAUCAAGACAGCAAGUUAAAAAAAAAAAAACUAGAUUGAAAAAACAAGAGAAAGUGAAGAUAAAUGCAUGCAGAACAUGAAAACCUAUAAGAUCAGCAGAUGGAUCAGUCAUAUAUAGCUAGCUAUAUAGUCUAUAGUCUAUGCCUAACAACAUUUCUAAUAGUCGAGCGAUUGAAAAGAUAUUAAGUAAAUGGAACUCGAGAACUUGUUCACACACACACGCGACACUCACACACUCUUACACACAAAUACAAGCAGAGUAAAGAAUGACAAAAAAAAAAAAAAAGAAAACAAAGAAUGAAAGAUGCAAGUGGCGGAGCUAAAAAAUGGAAAACAGACAAAAAAAAAAGAAGAGAUGAAGAAAAUGAAAUAAAAUUCUAAAUAAAUAAAAAUAUUGAAAAAUAUUUGC